AAAGAAGGUUUAGAAGUACCCAUUAUGCAUACAGAUAAAGAAAAGAAAAAACAAAUACUAGCAACUGAUGAAUUGGAUAACUAUAAUAAAGAUAACACUAAUCAAUUGUUUGAUAAACUUGAGUAUGAAAGUGAAGAGCUUAAUGAACUUGAAAGAUUUUUAUCUGAUUGUGUUUUAUCUAAUGAAGAAAAAGUAGGCUUAGAUGCUAUUUUGGCCCAAGUUGGCAAUGACCAAAAUGAAUACAUUGUUGUCUACACAUCAAGGAGUCUUACAAAGCUAAAACAUAACUAUUCUAUAACAAAACAAAAGUGUCUUGCUGUUAUUUAG